AUGUCAAGCCCAUUAGAGAGAUACCAGAAACUUGGCUUAAGAGAGGCUCUACAAAAAAAUUACAGAUACCCAAUCGCCUGCAAAGAGCUAAGCUUUAUCCUCAGAGAAGCUUUUCAUCAAAGUCCCAAAAAUUUGCAAUCUAUCAUCUUCCAAGACACCCUCUUCGCCUUUCGUCUCUUCCCAGAAAUAGAGACUAGGAGUGCUGCUUCAGCUGUCCACUACCUCCUUCAGAGUGUAGAAGCAUCACUACCAAAUCGAAAAAAGAAUGUGGCUGUAACAGAAUUUAAACAUGCAAUGGUUUCUCAUAAGAGGCGCAGUAAAGCUACCCUGGUAGAGAAAGAUUCACUGCAACUUCCACAAGAUAUUCUCGUGCACGUUUUCAGUUUUCUUGAUAUGAAAUCUUUGGUUUCAGUGGGACUAGUCUGCCGGUCUUGGAAGGUAGCCGCAAAUGAUAACCAUCUGUGGCGGAUUCAGUAUGCCAUACUGUACGGUAAUGGUGCUAAACUGAAGUAUUUGAAACUGGUUGAAGGGAAGAACUAUAGGUUUUUGCAGGAAACCAUAGAUAAUAAACUUAUUACUGACUGGAAAGGAAGUGUUAAAGGAGCAUACACUGGAGCAUUAUCUACUAUAUUAACAACCAACCGGGGAUAUUGUGGACACUGCAAAUCAGUAGUAUGGCUAAAUAACACAAGAUGCCCCAAUGUACACUCUGGAAUAUCUGAAGUUCAAGAAAUCAAGCCUGUAACAGCAUUCCAGGUUGUGGAAUAUGUUGUGGAUGAUUCUCUGUCCAUAACAUCUUCCUCAGACAGUGACAGUGAUUCGGAAGAAGGACCAAUUUCGAAGUUAUGGGCAUAUCGGAAGUUCAGGAAGUAA